AGAUCGUUACCAGUCCAACCGAGCCAGGGAUCAGAUAGGUGUACGGCGACGGAAGUGGACGGCUGAGCCGUUUGUCCCUCUCCCCCCACCUCUGUCUCCGUUCUGAGUAGGUCCUUGCGGUGGCGCUCGUUCUGCAACGGCGAGCACGGGGAAAUGGAAGAUGGUGGGGUUGAGUUCCUGCUUGAUGCCAUUGACAGGUUCCCAUUACGAGAGGAGUUCGCGGACAACCUCGAGCACCCAGAUCCGGUUCCCCCGGUUCUUGUUGCCAAACAGCGGAGCCGACCUUGCCGUUCCUACGGACUCAAAUACUGGAUCUGGUUGCGCUCAACAGCUCGGCGGCCAUGGGAAUGAUAUGGCAGGAGUUCGAAUCCGCCGUCGUGCGGAUGCAUCACCGACGAGGUUGGCCCAGUCUACUAACAGAGUAAAUCCAGAGGCACCUGGGAGGACAAAAAAGGUUAUGGUUGGGCAGUGAGUCGCCAGAUGACGAUGUACUCUAAAGUCAUGGGCUAUCACUAGUA